AUGGCAGAAGACAUCAAGACCAAAAUCAAGAACUACCGGACUGCUCCUUUUGACAGCCGCUUCCCCAACCAGAACCAAACCAGGAACUGCUGGCAGAAUUACCUGGACUUCCACCGCUGCGAGAAGGCAAUGACUGCCAAAGGGGGUGAUGUCUCCGUGUGUGAAUGGUAUCAGCGUGUGUACAAGUCCCUCUGCCCUUUAUCCUGGGUAUCAGCCUGGGACGACCGCAGGGCAGACGGCACUUUUCCUGGGAAGAUAUGA